AUGACCACUCAAACUUAACAUUUCGGAUAAAGGUAGGGGACAGAAAUAGAUAAUCAUUUGUUAGGUAUUAAAUUAUAAAAAAAUAAUUUAGAAGCUUUAUAGAAAUCAAGUACUUUAUUUAUCAAUCUUUAUAAUAAAAUAUUUACUUAUAAUAUGCUUAAUUAUUUUUCAAUACUUCAAGAUAUAAUUUUAAUUAAAAUCCUAAUAUUCGAAAAAAAAGAGUCAGAAUCAAUUGAAUGAAAUCUUAUAGAAAGUUUCAAAUAGAGAAAUAUAAUAUGUAAUUGUAAUAAAUUAGAAAGAAGAUUUGAAAUCAUCGGUUUAACUUAAGGAGAUUGUUAAAUUAUAAACACUAGAAUAAAAAAUUAAGCAUGUUAUAAAACUUGUGAAUGUAAAGAUGAAUUUAAUUGUGAUUCUUGCAGAUAUGCUGAUUAUCCUAAUUAUUAAAUUACUUUCAAAAAUGUCACAAAAUUAGAAAAUUAGCUAUAAUCAUGUGUUUGAUUCAUUUCAUGAUUUACAAUGA